AGGAUCACACGUGUUUUAAUAGUCUCAAAUUAAAACAUUUAGAGCAACCAUGCUAUAUUUUUUUUAUUUGUGUUUGUUAAAUAAAAUGUGCUAUAUCUUAUUUCCAAUUUUUUUUCAUAAAAUAGUUCCAUUUUAAUGAAUUCUCAGCUAGAGAACUUUCUUUGUUUUCUCUGUUUGUCACAGAUUUUUAUCAAUGGCUAUGGUUAAUUUGAUGCCUUUUCCACAACAGUUAUUCAUCCAAACUUUUUUUCAAAAGUUGAGGUUGUCCAUCAUCAUCUUAACAACACAAGACAAAGAUGGGGAAUGUGAAUCCUGUCGUUGGAAUGGCAUGGUUCAGCAUCUGUGUCUGCCUUCCUUUAACCUUUGUGGUCUUUCUCUUUGCCUGUUGGAAGGCAAGAAGAGGACAGGUUCCUGUCUACUACAUGAACCUUCUGAUAUCCAAUCUAAUCCAGCUCUUCAGUAUGAUUGAUUGGGUAGUUCAGAGCAACGGUGUAUCAUUCAUAUCCCUUGUUCUCUUUCACAUUGCUGCCAUUGCCAGUCUUGGAUUUAGGAUGGGCAUUGCUUUGGAGAGGUACUGUUUCAUCGCCUUCCCACACUUUGAAUACAUCAGACAAACUAAAGGCUCUGUGCUGUUCUGUACCACUGUCUGGGGUGUUUGUUUCAUCAUGGUCCCCAUUCCACUAGCCUUUAAUAGAAUUUCAACUAGUCUAUUGACUAUUCUGCCUGCUCCUGUGUUCAUCAUUUGUCUGGCUGAAACCAUAAGACUCAUGUGUCAAGCAGCCCCUUUCGCAACCUUAGUCCCCAACGAAGUUAAACAAAGAAUUCUGGCAACUUUGAUUGUGUUGAUGCUCAAUUACAGUCUAAUGAUCUUCCCUUGUGCAAUUGUAAACAUUGUAUUUCCAAUUUUCAGUUUACUCAAUUAUUUUCCAACUGGUAUUGGUUGUUUAUAUCAGUUCAGUUCAUUCAUGGACUUGAUUCUUUUUGCCUUGACACUUAAAGGCCCCAUUGACAAGUUGCUCGGGCGUUUGUGCUGCUGCUCUAUGGCUUAUCCUGUAGUUCAUGCAAGCGCCCCAAUGUCAGUGUGAAAAAAGCACAAAUACAAAAUAAGCUUCUGUGUACAUACGAAAAGAAGGAAAAAGCUGUAGCUUUUGCAAAUAAGACAGGUAAUAACACACUGCGCUGUUGGAAGCAUCUCAGAAGUAAAAUAUAAAUAAAUGACUGACAGAUUCAAAAAAGUAACUAAAAAAGCAAUGUGAGACAAUUCUAUGUUAACGUAUAUUUUGAACUUCUAUCUACAAAUAAUCAAAUGAGAUAAAUGUUUUUAUUCCUGUUUCUUGAUUGUAAUUUUUGUAUUAAAAAUGCAUGACGUAUA